AUGGUGAGGGCUGCCAUGGUGAAGGCUGCCAUGGUGAAGAAUGUCACAGCAGCCCUGGUGACCAGAGUCACCAAUGUGGGACAUGGGCAGCCAGGGGACAGCACCGGCCUCUGGCUGGGCCAGAGCAAAGGCAGGCUUCCGGGCAAUUCAACUGCCCCAUUUCCAGUUCAAGGUGAUGCUGAAGAAACGCAAACAGCAGCAAGAGAGGCUGGGCCCAGGAACGUACAACAUCAGGGAUUUUCUGCAGGAGACACACCCCUCGAGCCUGAGGGGCAUCUGUGACACCAGGGAGCAGAGGUUCAGGGAAAGCCAGCAUGACUGCUUCCCUGGGCCUGGCACCUACGGCCCCCAGGGGAACCCCUACGCUCUGCUGGAGGAGAGGGACAGGCGCUCUGCCAGCACACGAGGGCUGAUGGACAGCAGGACAGAGAAAGGUGUCUUCCAGACAGCCGUGGCACGUCCUGCUCUUUGCCCUGGGAUUGUGGUUUUGGGGUGGCUGUGUUUCUCUGCUGGAGGUGUCCCUGCCACUUUCCCUGUAUGCCUGCAGGGCAGUGGUUUGGGACCUGGCACCUACUCCCCAUGGAGCAGCACCGAGAAGCAGCUGCGACAGACAGGCGGGCGCAUCCCCUGCCAGGUCUUCUCAAGGGACAAGCUGAAGCCUGCAGGCGGCCGGCGGCGCAACGGGGAGCAGGGGGAAGGCACCGAGCUGCACGCUGGCACUGCCAAGGGGUUCCUGGAUGAGCUGAUGUCAAAGGAGAACAAGAAGAAAGGCUGCUUCAGCACACUGCCACGGAACCCGGGCUGCCCCUCAGAGAGGAUCUUCUGGGCCACACUCAGCCAGUGCCCGAGGGACGCGUACGUGGUGGGGCCAGGCUCGUAUGAUCCAAAGCCCGUUGAGAGACCAGCAGACUUCAACCAGCCCCCGUUCUGGUCAUCUGCCAAGAGGUUUGACAGAAAGUCUGAACGCCUCUUCAUGGGGAAUGAGAAUCCUGUGGGUGUGGGCCGCUAUAAUGUCACCAGGUGUGAAAAAUACCCUCGGAAGAUCAGAUACCAGUCCCUGUACCAGAGUGACACACAGCGGUACCUGAGCAACUUGAAGCAGGAUGCCUACCUGCUCGAGCGGCUAAAGCCUGCUGCGAAAAACAAAUGGAGUCAUUUGAUUUCUGCUCCACGUUGUCCAGAUACCUGUGAAGAAAGCACUGCUGUUUUCCAAAUGUAAGAUGGUGCUGGGAAGCCUGAAUUGGCGAAUAAACCACAGACGGUUGACGAGAUGGUGUAAUGUGAAUACUUGCAGUGUGCUGACGUGCAAGAGAUAGGAAGCAAGCCUUGUUCUGUGGUAAUAAAGCACCCUUCAGACAUUCA